AUGGAUGCCAAUUUUUACUUAUGCUGCCGCAACAAGUCCUCUGAGCAGGCAGACCAUAGCCUAAGCAAGGGCUGGGCUUACUUUAUAGAACACAAUGGAUUCAAAAAUGUGCUUGACGCUUAUGCCAGCCAGGUGCAAGAGAAAAGUUCGUGCACCAGCCAUAACACUGUUAAUCUUGCUGACACCAAGAAUUCGCGGGGACUUGCUGCCACAGGUGUUGGCGCCAUCAUUUGCACUCGUCAUAACCUUACACAUCCAUCCUCAGUCGGAGAUCUCCAAAAAGGAGAAAGGUAUGCAAAUACGGAUUACCUAUUCUUCUCGACAAUGCGACAUUCUAACAAGGUUCUGGCUCUCAAUGUCUCAUAUGAUAUUGCCUGUCAAUGGAGUAAACACUUGUGUCAGCAGAUGUCACACUAUCCCUCCCAGAUUCAUUUUGCAACCGACUCGAAAAUUUUACCAUUUGUCAUUCCCAAAUUUCAUCUACCGGCGCACAUUGCAGCAUGUCAAACUUCAUAUUCUCUCAACCUCAUCAAAGGCAUGGCGAGGACUGAUGGUGAAGCCAUCAAAUGUGGAUGGUCCAACAUGAAUCCUGCUGCUACAAGCACAUGGGAAAUGGGCCCGGGGUCAAGACGCAACAUCUUGGAUGACCAUUUUGGUCCUUUGCUCCUCAAAAAACUCAAGGAGGCAAUUCCAGAACAUUAUCAGCAUGCCGUAGAUCUUCAAGACUUCAAGGAAGCUAUUCCAUCUUCGAGUCUUAGUGCUUGGCGGAAAUUAGUAGAAGACUGGGAGGCUGAUUGUUCUAAACCAAACCCUUUCGAGAUUAAAGCAUCAGUUAUCACUCAGGCAUCUGUUAGACUAGAGCUUUCUCAGCUUGAAGCCCACCAACUAAGACAAGGAAUCGACACCUCCCUCCACACAGAUGUCUCCCCUGGCAUAUUAAUCACUGCUGGGAUUGACCUAGAGGCUUUACACAUUGCCAGACUUCAAGCCGACAUCUCUGAUGCUGCAGAUACUACUACCCUUGAGGAGCCUACUCACGCCAUCAAACUAUGGAUGCUGUCUGCAGUUGUGAAGGCAGGUAUGUCUUGCAAUGUGAACCUGUGUAAUAUCAAGUGGAAGUUAUGCCAUGCCCAGGCACAUGACACUCUCCAGGGACUCUGGCAACACCUACAACCAAAGUGUCAUCUUACUGGGUUCAAGAAAAACUGGGUAACUGGUCAGCAAGCACACAUGAGAUCCCAUGCUGUUAUUGAUACUGUGGAGGUGAAAAUCGCCGCUGCUACAACAAAGUAUUGCACAGUGUGGAGGGCACCAGAUGCCUUGGCAGAUGCACUCCUACGACUUGAUUGGAAAGUCGAGUUCCCAAAGCUCAAGGAUGAGGACAUUCGCGGUAUGACAGAGGCGCAGGCAGGAGGCUUGGUGUCAGAAGGUUGA